UCCAGGAUUCAGUUUCAGCUCCGACUGCGCCGCCGAGUCACCCGGGUCCCUCCGAGUCCCACCGAGUCACCCAGGUCCCACCGAGUCACCUGGGUCCCUACAAGUCACCCGGGUCCCUCCGUGUUCUCUGUCCCGUGGAUUUACCGCUGCCGUGGACUCGUCUGACCGCGAAGAGACGAAAAGGAGCCGCUGGAGAGGAGCCGGUGGAUAGGAGCCGGAGAAGAGCCGGUGGAAAGGAGCCGCUGGAGAGGAGCCGGUGGAUAGGAGCCGGAGAAGAGCCGGUGGAAAGGAGCCGCUGGAGAGGAGCCGGUGGAUAGGAGCCGGAGAAGAGCCGGUGGAGGGGAGCCAGUGGAGAGGAGUCGGUGGAUAGGAGCCGGAUAGGAGCUGAAAAGGAGCUGAAAAGGAGCCGGUGGAGAGGAGCCGUAGAGGAGCCAGAAAAGAGUCGGUGGAGAGGAGCCGUAGAGGAGCCGGUGGAGAGGAGCCAGAAAAAAGUCGGUGGAGAGGAGCCAGAAAAGAGUCGGUGGAGAGGAGCCGGAGAGGAGCCGUAGAGGAGCCGGAGGGUCCGCGCACUGAGCCGGGAGGAUGGAGUCGGUCAGUCAGUGGACGCCGCAGCAGGUGGCUGCGUGGAUGAGAGGUCUGGAUGAUGGUCUCCAGUCGUACGUCUCGUCCUUCCAGCUCCAGGAGGUUUCAGGGGAGCGUCUGCUGAGUCUGACCCACACGGAGCUUCUCUCUCUGGGCAUGAGCCGCGUCGGACACCAGGAACUUCUACUGGAGGCUCUGGAUCUACUGAGCGCCCUGGACCGUGGCGUGGAGCAGGGUCAGGUCCAGACUCUUGGAGCUCAGAUGGUCCAGGCUCAUCAGAACCUGAGCUCGGCCGUGUCUCGCCGCAGGAAGAACCCGUCCUACCAAAAUAAAAGCUCCAACCUCCCGCCCAACGACUUCCUGUCCGCCGUCGUGGAGCUCAUCGCCGCCGCCAAGGGUCUGCUCGCCGCGCUCGACCGGGCUCCGGUGAACAGCUGCAUGGACCUGAGCAGCACGAAGAGUCGCAUCAUUCACUUGUGUCUGGAGCUCACCUCCACCGUGCAGAAGGACUGCACGGUUUUCGAGAUGGAGGAGAAGAUCCUGGAGGUGUCCAAGUCUCUGAACGGGAUUUGUGAGCAGGCGACGGCGUUGACCCCUGACCCCUGGACCCUGGAGGACGUCACCAUCAGCGACGUGCGGCCGGGACAGGGACUGGGAAUUUACAUCAAAUCCACGUACGACGGUUUGCACCUGAUCACCGGAACCACACAGAACUCUCCGGCCGAUCGGACUCAGAGGAUCCACGCGGGGGACGAGUUGGUCCGAGUGGACGGGCAGACGGUGGUGGGCUGGCAGUUGAAGCGGUUGGUGGAGCGUUUGCGUUCGGACUCGGGGUCGGUGGUUCUGACGCUGAAGAAGCGAGCGGCGGGAAACGUGAGCGCGGCGCCGCUCAGGAACAUGCGCUGGAGACCCCCUCUGGUCAAGACUCAUCAGCCCAGUGCACCCAGACCCGGACCUGGACCAGAACCAGAACCAGGACCAGAACCAGUAGCAGCGUCCAUCCUGGAUCUGUACAUCCCUCCUCCUCCUUCUGCCCCCUACAGUCCACUUGAGUCGGGUUCGUCUUUGCUCCGAGCUCUGGACAAACCGCUCGGCAGCUCGGACCCCGUGACCCCCGUGACCCCCGUGACCCCGGCGACCUCAGACGACCCUCGACCUGUGAACCCCGUGAGGCUGCGUCAGCGCUCGUCUGCACGGAGUAAAACUCGACCAGUGUCAAUGCCCACAGACCUGAGCUCCAGAGUCCAUCCACGGAAAGGUCUUCAUCGUUGUGUGAGUAAUGAUCGAGUCUCCGUGGUUUUGGAGGAGGGGCUUCUGCCGGUGCAGUUCCGCGCUCGGCCUCCAGGUCGCGGCGUCGACCACAUCAGAGGGAGUCACUGCUUCCUCGGCCCCGACCUCCACCACAGCGCCACCAUCCCCUACCCCCACCCCGACCCCGGACCCGACACCGGACCGGGGUCCGGACCGGGACCGAGGACCGGGACCGAGACCUGAGACCAGACCCGAGACCAGACCCGGGUCCAGGAGCAAAGCCGGCUCCGUGAUCGGGGGCUGGCUGUCCCGACUGCGACUCCUGAGUCACUGAAACGAAGAAACGAAGGUCUGGACUAAACCAGGACUGAACCGGGACUGAACCAGAUCUCAACCGGGACUGAACCAGGUCUAAACCAGUUUUAAACCAUUUAAAGUUCCACCGCUUCAGUUUGAAAACAUCUAAAACUGCCUAAAAAAAAAAGCAAAUCAGGACUAAACCAGGACUAAACAAGAGCUAAGGCAGGUCUAAACCAGGUCUAAACCAGGUCUGAACCAGGUCUAAACCAGGUCUGAACCAGGUCUGAACCAGGUCUAAACCAGGUCUGAACCGGGACUCCACAGCUCCGUCUUGUGACAAAUGAACAGCUGAAUGGUUUAUGCAAAAGUACUCAGGAAUUAUGAGCAUGUGGAACUCAAAAAUUUGCUUUAAACAAACUUUUUUGUCAUUUUCUCUUGUGCAGGACUAAACCAGGACUAAACCAGGACUAAACCAGUUUUAGACCAGUUAAAGUUCCUCUGUUUUAGUUUGAAAACAUCUAAAACUGCCAAAGAAAGAGCCUUUCUAAACCAGGACUAAACAAGAGCUAAACUGAGUCUGAACCAGGACUAAACCAGGACUAAACCAGGACUAAACCAGGUCUAAACCGGGACUCGACGGCUCCCUCUUGUGGGAUCUGAUAAAUGAACAAGUUUGUAAAAAUACUCAGGAAUUACAAGUGUGCAGGACUCAAAAAACUGCUUUUAAAGAACUAGUACUUGUCAUGUUCUCUUGUACAGGACUAAACCAGGACUGAACCAGAUCUCAACCAGGACUGAACCAGGACUGAACCAGAUCUCAACCAGGACUAUAACAGGACUAAGCCAGUUUUAGACCAUUUAAAGUUCCACCGUUUCAGUUUGAAAACAUCUAAAACUGCCUAAAGAAAAAGCCUUUCUAAACCAGGUCUAAACCAGGUCUAAACCAGAACUAAACCAGGUCUAAACCAGAACUAAACCAGGUCUAAACCAGAACUAAACCAGGUCUA